ACUGAGUUAUUCUGUGCUACUGAAAUCAACAUCAACUACGAAGAUAAACCAAAAGUCUGCUAUUCACCAUGCGGUUCAAGACGUCACUUGCUAAAGACCCUAAACAUUCAGAACUAGUAAGCUGCGUAGCUUGGACAACAUCUGAAGAGCUCUAUUCCUGCAGUGAUGACCACAAAAUCCUAAGAUGGAAGCUACUCUCAGAUGAGACGUCAACUCUUGCUAAGCUUCCUAACGAUGUUUAUGCUACAGAUAUUCAUUUCUUUCCAAGAGGGCUGGGUGGCAAGACAAAACAACCACAGUCAGAUGUGUUUGUCCUGACAUCCACGGAUGGAAAGUUCCUGUUAAUCUCCAAGUCUGGCCGUGUUGAGAAGUCAGUGGAUGCUCAUAGAGGGGCUGUGUUGUCUGGUAGAUGGAGCUAUGAUGGGACAGCUAUGGCAACAGCAGGAGAAGAUGGUCAAGUCAAGAUAUGGUCACGCAGUGGAAUGCUGCGCUCAACACUAGCACAAACAGGAUCUCCUGUGUAUUCAAUAGGAUGGUCUCCAGAUUCUGACCAGGUAUUAUUCACCAAUGGUAGACAGCUCAUCAUUAAGUCUCUACAAGCCAACGCUAAACCAGUACAGUGGAAAGCCCAUGAAGGUGUGAUCCUGAAGGUGGAUUGGAACCCAGUCAAUAACCUUAUUCUCUCUGGAGGGGAAGAUUGUCGCUAUAAGGUAUGGGAUUCCUAUGGCAGACAGCUCUACAGCAGCCACGCACAUGAGUAUCCCAUUGUGUCUGUAUCAUGGGCCCCUGAUGGACAACUCUUUGCUAUCGGAUCAUUCAAUACACUACGGCUGUGUGACAAGAGUGGGUGGUCUUAUGCACUAGAGAAACCUAACACAGGAAGUCUAUUCAGUAUAGCAUGGAGUGGUGAUGGUACACAAGUAGCAGGUGCGUGUGGUAAUGGACAUGUCAUCUUUGCACAGGUUAUUGAAAGGCGGUUGGAAUGGAAGAACUUUGAAGUUGUUGUGGUUUCCAAGAAGACAAUUCACGUGAGAAACGUCACCAAUGAUGCCAAAGAGAAGUUAGAAUUCAGAGAUCGCAUCAUCAAGACGUCUGUUGGCUUUGAUUACGUUGUGGUGGCUACAUCCUCACAAUGUUAUGUCUAUAGCACUAAAAACUGGAACACACCAAUGAUCUUUGACUUGAAGGAAGGCACAGUUACUUUGAUUAUCCAAGCUGAGAAGCAUUUUGCUAUUGUAGACAGUGCUGGAAUUCAUCUUUAUACAUAUGAGGGUCGUCUGUUGUCAUCACCUAAGUUUGCCGGAAUGCAUUCAGACACACUGAGUGCCCAGUCAUUAUGUGUUAGUAAUGACACAGUGGCUGUGAGGGACAAGACUGAUGAGAAGUUGGUACAUCUAUUUGAUGCUGCGACUAGUCGGCAAGUAGACAGCAAGCCGCUAGCUCAUAAGCUGGAGAUCAUUGAGAUUGCUUUAGACCAAUGUGGACCAGCUAGUGAGAGACACAUCGCUAUCGUUGAUAAGAACAGGGAUUUAUAUCUCAGUACAGUUCGCAAUGUCGGCAAAGCACCCAAGAUUGUCAAAUUAGGUAAUAUGAUAUCGAGCUUGGCUGUUAAUGAUGGUACUAACAUGCUAGCAGCUCUACAGGAUAGCAAACUGACAGUGUGGUUCUACCCCAGUGCUGCUUAUGUAGAUAGAGAUUUACUACCACUAACCAUCAUGGUUAAAGAUGCAAGUGAGUUUGGCAAGAACCCACAGAUUGUAGACUUUUUGGGUAACCACCUCACGAUACGCAGAGCAGACGGCGCCCUCGUUAGUACGGGUAUCUCACCGUACCCAGCUAUGCUUCAUGAUCUAGUCAAUAAUGGGAGAUGGGAAGAUGCUGUUAGGCUGUGCAGAUUUGUCAAGGACCAAGCUCUAUGGGCGUGCCUUGCUGCUAUGGGCUCUUAUGCUAAGGAACUCAAUACGGUAGAAGUUGCUUAUGCAGCCAUAGAUGCUGCUGAUAAAGUACAGUACAUCCUACACAUUAAGGAGUUACCACUGAAAGAUGUACGUAAUGCAGAGAUGGCACUAUUCUGUGGUAACUCACAAGAUGCUGAAGGAAUCCUUCUACAAGCUGGACUUGUAUUCAGAGCUAUCAUGAUGAAUGUAGGACUCUAUAACUGGGAUAGAGGGCUAGAGUUGGCAGUGAAACACAAGACCCAUGUGGACACGGUACUUGCGCAUCGGCAACAGUUCCUUGAGAACUUUGAGAAGAAAGAGACCAACAAACGUUUCUUGCAGUACUCUAGCGGGGUUGAAGUGGACUGGGAGAAGAUUCAAGCUAAAAUGGAGAUGGAAUAUCAGAAGGAACGAGAGAACCCCAAUGCUAAACCCUACAGCAAGUAAAAGUCCUAACCCCCACCCCCCCCCCCCCACCAGCAAAGAGCACCACAGAAGCAUCAAAACCCUACAACAAGUAAAUGUAUGAUUACAUUCCACACUAUAAGUUUUACAACAAGUGAAAUCAAUGUGUACUCAGUUUGCGGUAACACUGUGUGUGUAUUUCUACCUUGCUGUGGAGAUUUCGUUCUUUGGGAAUUUGGUCUUGCUUUUUAUUCUACUGCCUCAAAGUAGAUUUCGUAACUCGGGAGAUUUCUUAGUUCUGAAAGAAAGUUUCCUGCUUAUUUACUACUAACUGGAUGGAAGGUAGGAAUUGUCUUGGACCACCACUUAACCUUUAGUGGAUCGAGGAGACUUCUCUUUGUAAACUUACUAACGCGAUGUGAGUACCGGGUGAGGGCGCUCUUAAACAUAUUUUAUCACUUCCGGGGGUAUAUUAUACAAAUAUUGAGUGGCUCAGAGUGGAAUGGGAGGAAUAUUAUCACAAGGUAAAAAUUGGACCAUUUCAUGAGCUAAGCCGAGUGAAAUGGAACAGUCCAAAUUUUACCGAGCGAUAAUAUUCCUUCCAUUCCACAA